CAUAGUAUCCUUUGGCAAUUUUAUGGUAGCAAGAUUAUCCGGAAGCAAUUGAAUAUGGAAAGCCGAAAUACGGAUCCCACGAGCAACGCAGGAUCAUCAAACCGAAAUGCCGAUCCAUCCUACAUCACAUCCAAUACGCGAAAGAUUUGGGAAAGCACGACACGAUUAGUGCAGGUUCAAAAUGCCAUCAAUGUUCUCUUCCUUUCAAAUUGGUCCAAUGACGCAUUGAUACAAGUACCGGAACCGAUAAUAUUGGCGAUGCGCAACAUUCUCGCCGAAAAUGAAGAUGAGUCGCUCAAGCAAACGAUCGAGGACAUGUGCUCGGGCCCCCAGACAACUCGCAAGGUAAAGAUGGUGGCAUACCACUGUAUGAGGACAUUUCAGGAUAGAUUUACGCAAGACAUUCUGUUUCGCACGAAACAUGCCAUGUUCUACGACGAGCUCGAGCAGCUAAUGAGUCGCCUGAGUAACGAGUCGGCCGAAAACACCCAGCGAGAGAUCAUGCGACACUUGAGGGUGGCGAAGACACGGAUUGCGAAUCGAAGUCAGGCACGUUAUAAUCCACUCCAACGGCAGCAGAAAUCACCGGCAUCGGCGUCUACUACUCCGCGGGCCACAAGUUCCUCCCAGCCACCAGAGCCUCGUGAAUCAUAGAGAAAAGAUAGGCAAAUAACUAUGCAGAGAGAAUUUCUGUCUCUGCAUAGGAAGUUUAAAUUAUGUUUAGUUUAUUCCUUUUUUCAUAAUAAUUUCAAUGUUCUGCUCGCGCGUGCAGAGAAAGGACAGCAGAAAAUGAAUUCCCCGAACUUGCGAGGACUUCAUACAAUCAUGAAGAAUUGUCACGUUUGUCAACUAAUCGGAAUGUACACGCUAUUCUACGAUAAUGCGAAAACUAGCUGUUCAUUCUUUUUAGUUGCUCCACCCAUGUAUUGAAUUGAUUACCAAUAAAAUUU